AUGGAUAUCGAUUCAGAGGUCGCAGGCCUCUUGCAGCAAUACCAAAAUCUGCCGGACUCAUGCCGGCAAGAGAUCUGGCACGAUCUACCCGCUCAGCUGUCACCAGAUGAGUGGCACAGGAUCAAAGCAAAAAAUGGGAGCAAUACUUUCCCGUAUGACAUUUUGGGGAGCCUGCCCCUCGAAAUCGCGUCUCUUGUCGCGGAGCACUUGCCAGUAGUGGAAAUUGUCCGGCUACGAAGGGUAUACUCUGACAUCAUCUGA